AAAGUAAGGAGCUGCGGAUAUUGCUGAUUUAGUAUUUUCAACGGUCGGUAAGUCAUGUUAUCGGAAGAUGGAGUUAAUUGCAAAUACAAUUGCGGCCAGGAUUAUAAAGGCAAAUGUGUUAGUUGCGAAAAGAUUGCCAAGGAAGACGUACAAGAAACAGCGUAUCAAGUGAAUAACGAAAAUGUGCGAAAUGUCUCGGUGCUGUUGGUCUUACCGGACGGCAAUCAAAGAUUGAUUACUUUCGAAGUGCCAAUUGCACUUGACGAAUACAAUAUCUUAGAAGCGGUAAAAACUCAGAUAGAUGAAACUAAAGAUUGUCAUCUGGAUAUGUACACAGUAAUCGAUGAAAAUUACGAUUUUGAUUACAUAGUUGAAAGUCGAACGAGUAAUCGAAAUAAUGAAUCCGAUACAAAUAUAGUUAUUAAUGAUAAGGGUUUAGUUAAUGCCGAUAGUUGUACAAGUGUAGUAAGUAAUCAUUCGAAUAAUUCGAAAACAUUAUCAAAUGUAAGUGAUGGUUUGAUCAAUUCUUCACCAAUCGCAGAACAUAAAUUUUCCGUUACCAAGUAUUCGAAUGAAAUUAGUUCAGAUGCGUCCAUUUGCGGAAGCGAACUCGAACGAAUAGAUAUUAAAAUAAAUGUCGGCAAUGGAAUAAAGGUGCAAGUAGGAAUUGAAAGUAAAGAAGAAAAAUCCAUCGAUAUGGAGAGAACAUGCGUUGACGAAAUAACAAUGGAAGAAACUUGCAGUCAAGAAAUCAAUGUUCUAGUAAGAACGGACACGGAUGGGACUGAAACAACAACUAAAACAUUGACCACUGAAAGUUCUGACACUUCAAAUUCCACAUUGUACGUGCUAAUGAUUAUUUAUAGAUUGUGUCGCCCAAAAUUUGGCAAUUGCAUUCUGAUACUUUUAUAA